GGACCCCGUCAACUCGGUCGUCUUCUCCCUCAAGAACCAGGUGGGCGGGCUGGCGCGCGCGCUGCAGGUGUUCCAGGACCUGGGCGUCAACGUGGUGCACAUCGAGUCGCGGCAGAGCGCGCGCCGGCCGUCCGAGGCCGAGAUCAUGGUGGACGUGGAGUGCGACAACAAGCGCAUGGAGCAGCUGGUGCACAUGCUGCGCAGGGAGGUGUCCGCCAUCAACCUCACGGCCUGCGAGGACUCCCCCGCGCCCCACCCCAUGCUGUCGGCCGCGCCCAGCUUCGAUUUCGGGGACAUGCCGUGGUUCCCCCGGAAGAUCGCAGACCUGGACCAGGCGCAGCGCGUGCUCAUGUACGGCGUGGAGCUGGACGCCGACCACCCGGGCUUCAAGGACCCGGAGUACCGCAAGCGGCGGGAGACGUUCUACGAGAUCGCCAUGGAGUACAAAUACGGCCGCCCCAUCCCCCGCGUGCAGUACACUCCGGAGGAGGUCAGGACGUGGGGAACUGUGUUCCGAGAGCUGCACAAGCUGUACCUGCGGCACGCCUGCAAGGAGUACCUGGACAACUGGCCGGACCUCGUCAAGUACUGCGGCUACAGGGAGGACAACAUCCCCCAGCUGCAGGACAUCAGCGUGUACCUUAAGAAGCGCACGGGGUUCCAGCUGCGGCCCGUGGCGGGCUACCUGUCGCCGCGGGACUUCCUCUCGGGUCUGGCCUUCCGCGUCUUCCACUGCACGCAGUACAUCCGCCACUCCUCCGACCCCUUCUACACGCCCGAGCCGGACUGCUGCCACGAGCUGCUAGGACACAUGCCGCUGCUGGCCAACCCCAGCUUCGCCCAGUUCUCCCAGGAGCUGGGCCUGGCCUCGCUGGGCGCCAACGACCACGACAUCGAGAGGCUGGCCACCCUCUACUUCUUCACGGUGGAGUUCGGCCUGUGCCACCAGGACGGCGAGUUCCGCGUGUACGGCGCCGGAUUGCUGUCCUCCGUGUCCGAGCUGCGCCACGCCAUCACCGCCCACGAGAAGCUCAAGCGCUUCGACCCGGAGGUCACGUGCAAGGAGGAGUGCAUCAUCACGGCCUUCCAGAACGCCUACUACUACACCGACACCAUCGAGGAGGCCAAGGAAAAGAUGAGGAAGUUCGCGGGGCAGAUCCAGCGGCCGUUCGGCGUGCGCUACAACCCGUACACGCAGAGCGUCGAGGUGCUGAGCAACGCGCAGAAGAUCGCCGCCCUGGUGUCGGAGCUCCGCGGCGACCUGUGCAUCGUGAGCAACGCCAUCCGCAAGAUCCACGACGUGGACGACAGCGUGGACGUGCACGGCCUCGCCUCCAUGCUCGCCAAGGGCAUCCGCGUGGACAGCAGCGAGGACGGCGACGACGAGGACAAGGACGACGACGACGACGAGAAGCACAGCCUCGACCACGGCAAGGAGGACGCCACCGCCACCCGCAACGGCCACCAGUGAAGCGACACGGCACUGUUCGGAAGCAGUCUGCGGACGUACUCCCUCGUCUGCUCCGCGAGGACGAGGAAUUCCCUCCCUUCCCUCGGCAGCACGGCAGCGCCGACACUACAUUGCAUGCUUUUCCAGUCUCGUGUGGAACAAGAACUAAACUUGCAACGAUUCAAGGCCCCUCGUGCAUUUCUGAGUUUUUGCUUUAGCUGCCACAUACUAGAAGGUGCGAGGCUACGCACAUUUAUUGCACAGCCUAAAAAUAAAUUUAAAAUGGCCGUACUGUCUGCAUUGCAAAUGAGUAAUAGUAUUCUUCUCUCGAAUUAUGUAUCAUGGAUACUGGAAACCGUUUCUUUACUCCCAAGAAAACCAGAGGAUGAAUUAUUUUGUUUUUAUUGGCCUGUUUGUUUAUCCGCAACAAAAAUAUUUACACACUUGAUAACACAAAAGUAUUUUUUAAAAUUAAAAUUGAUCUUACUGAGCAGCUUUAGGUAAAAAUUAUUUUAAAAAGAUCGCCAUCUAUCAUGUAGAACUUCUA